ACCUAGCUGCCAUUUUGUAUCUCCACUGUGCGGUUAGAUGAAGUUGGUCGUCAACGAACGAGGGACGAAAUAAGAUUAAAUCCAUCUUGUUUUAUUAAUUAGGACAUCUUGCAGAAGCAUAUUUAAGUGUGAUAUAUUUUGUUAGGCAGUGUUGUUCGAGGUCGACCGGCUGCUCUUCUUCUAACCGGACCCUUGGCCCUCGCCUCGGACUUCAUCUUGUUUACAUUCUACGGCGGAGAAGCUAACGCUAACGCCGUUAGCCAACCUGCUAGCUUAGCUGGCAGACAACUUUCCCAGCGUUAGCUUUCUAACGCGCAACAUAGCGAAAUGGCGGCCAACACGACGCAAGCAGCCCCUACAACUAACUGGUCCUAUGGUGCUGCUGCAGACGGCCAGGUCCAUGAAAAUCCUGAAUGGGAGAAGGCAAGACAAGCACUAGCAUCCAUCAGCAAGAGUCAGACCUCUGCUAAGACUACGCAAGCUAACAGGACCACUGCAGAGGCUGGCCAAUUCCAACCAGCAGCAACUGACUCUGCUGCCAUGCAGCAGCAGCAGUACUAUCCGUGGUACCAGCAAACUCAGCAGCACUAUCCUGGAUAUACAUACCCCUAUAACUACUACUACCCCAUGGCGCCGUAUGGUGGUGCUUAUCCUUCAAAUCAGUAUGGUGUACCCCCAGGGCCUUACCCAGGAACUCCUACUUCUAAUGGACAGCCUCCCCCAGUGCCUGGAAUGGAAGAUCAGUCCCCCAGCUACACCUCCCCAACGCAACCUCAACCCCCCCCUGCUACUCCUCAACCACCCCAGAGCCCAACCACCUCAGAAAACCCCCCUCCUCCACCACCCCCUCCCAUUCCCCCACCACCCAACUCCCAGUACCCUCCCCCAUCACAAACUUCUUACAAUACCAACAACAGUAUGACAUACCCACCUGGAGACCCCAACCAGAUGCAAGUCUACAAUCAUUCCCAGGGAAGGCCUAACUAUGGACAAAACUUCCAGGCUCAGAAUGCUUAUCAGGCAUCUCAAAAUAAUUCCCAGCAGCAACAACAGCCUGCUCAGUAUGCAGCUGGACUGGGCAGAGGAGAAGCCAACAAGAACAAAAACCAGAAGCAAGGACAGCAACUCUGGCACCGCAUGAAACAAGCACCUGGCACAUCUGCUGUGAAGUUCAAUAUUCCCAAGAGGACCUAUCAGGUAUCCCCAGUUUCCAAUCAGGCUUUCCCUCCAGGCGAACAGCCCUCGGGGUUGAAUCCAGCACCUUCAUCUCCUGCUACUGCCAGUGCUGCACCUGGUGGUCCUCAGGCACGACCGCAGGACUGGCCGCAAGCCAUGAAGGAAUACGUGCAGCGUUGUUUCACAGCUUGUGAGACCGAGGAAGACAAAGAUCGUACGGAGAAGGUGCUGAAAGAAGUUCUACAGGACCGCUUAAAAGAUGGCUCUGCUUACACCAUUGAUUGGACCCGUGAGCCUCUGCCAGAGUUAAAGGUUAAGCAGUCUCGUUGGGAAAGCGUUGCACCUCAGAGGACAACAGAUCCCUCAGUUGGCUGUGGUGGAAGCACAGUGGCUGGCGCUUCAAGAGGCAGAGGUAUUGGACACAGAUUAGGCAACUACAGGAAUAUCUUUUCUCAAAGGAGUCCAACUUCUAGUUCAUCCGAUUCCUCCUCCCGCUCACCAUCACCUUCGCACAGCCGGCACAGGGACCGCAGCAACCAAAGGCACAGACGCAGUGAUUCUGACUCACAGUCGGAUAGCAGCAUCUGCAGUGACCUCCGACCUCAGCUUUCAAGGCGAGGUCAGAAAGGAGGACGUGGUCGUGGCAAUGAUCGGGAUAGAGGGCGUGGAGGUGGUGAGAGAGGACGAGGAAGAGGUGGAAAAGGAAGAGGAAGACGAAACAUGGAUGAUUCAGCUGUUGGAAAGAAGAGGAAAGGUGGCAGUGCUGGUUUGGAUUUCCAUGAUCCCAACAGAGAAGCUAAGAAGCAGAGCCGAGCAGCCCGUUUCCAAAAACAGCUUCGCUCAGAGCCUCUGGUUCUCUCCAUCAAUGCCCUGGACCUGCCUGAUGGAACACAAGAGGGCCUUAGUUGGGAGGACUGCCCCAUUGUGGGAACAUGUCAGGACAUCACCAAGCACUACCUGAGGCUCACCUGUGCCCCUGACCCCUCCACUGUGCGCCCAGUGCAUGUGCUGAGAAAAUCUUUGCAGGCUGUGAAAGCCCACUGGAAAACAAACCAGGACUAUGCAUAUGCCUGUGAGCAGAUGAAGUCCAUACGACAGGACCUAACGGUUCAAGGAAUUCGUACUGAAUUCACAGUGGAAGUGUACGAGUGUCAUGCACGGAUUGCUCUAGAAAAGGGAGACCAUGAAGAGUUCAACCAGUGCCAGACCCAGCUGAAGGCCCUGUAUAAGGACAAUCCCUCGGAGAACAUUGGAGAAUUUACAGCAUAUAGAUUGCUGUAUUACAUCUUUACUAAAAACUCUGGAGAUCUAACCACUGAGUUGGUGUAUUUGACCCCAGCACUACGGGCAGAUGAUUGUGUGGCUCAUGCCCUCGCACUUCGUGCAGCUUGGGCGUUAGGAAACUUUCGGCGGUUCUUUAAGCUCUACCUGGAAGCCCCGCGUAUGGCUUCAUAUCUCAUUGACAAGUUUGUAGAGCGUGAAAGAAAGGCAGCACUUAGGGCCAUGGUCAAAACGUUCAGACCCGACUUGCCAGUGCAGUAUGUGCAGUCCACCUUAGCCUUCUCUUGUUUAGACUCCUGUAUGGCCUUUUUAACCGGGCUAGGAGUCACAUUCAUGCCUUCUGAUCCCCAAAAGAUAGACUGCAAAACCAGCACAGCCUCUUUGGCUGCCUCCUGAGAGGGGUGGAGGGGUAGCACCGUGAAAGGAGUGGCUAAGGGACCAUCAUGGAUCCUUACAUAUUCAAUGCACUGCACUUCAGACACCACAGCGAGUUCAGAUAAGAGUAGUGGCAGACUAACACCCAUAUAGAAAGAUGCUGGCUAGUGUAUUACUCUGUCAGGCCAAAAAAAUGCAGAUCUAUUUUCUGACACUAAGAACUGUUCUGAAAAUGAGGGAGUAUCUGCACAUACUGUCACUCACAUAUUCUAAGUUUAGCCCAUCUCAUUACAUUUAUGAUGCCACAUAAGUGAGGGAGCAGAUUAGACCUGAGAUCAAGUAGUCUUAGUGACCGAGAAGUCACAGAACCAGAUCACGGUUCCUGUUCCAUUACCACCUUCAGAUUUCAACGCUAACAGUGUUGUUAUGUCUUUUCCUUCCCCAAGUCAGCAGCUCAAAGACCAGAAGAUUCAACUUUUACCAAAAGGGAAACGGCUUUUCAAGUCAUGCAUCCAGCUCUUCACUGUCUGAAGUCAGACCUGCAAAGUCAAGUCAAGUCUAGUUUUAUUCUUACAGACUCAGAGAAGAUGCCAGCAAUUUAUCUGAAAGAAGAGGUGGUUUGUAUGCCCUUCCCACAUCUUGUUUCCUCCUCAAAUCUACAGCUGUCUGUUCCUCCCGUUUGUCUCUACAAGGUCCCUGAAAGAAACUGAGGUCUAAAGUCCCGUUCCUGAUUUAGUAGUAUUCAUCCACUGCUCAUGUUCAUGAAAUGGUGAUCAGCACUUAAAGAAGUCUCAGAUGAGCAUUGACUUUGUAACGGAUAAGUGUUCCUCAUCAAGAUCAAGUUCCAUAACCUGGAAGCUGAGCUUCAUGUCCAGAGUAGCCCCAGGCAGAGUGCAGUUCUGCUUCCAUCACCCUCAGGUAGAAGUUCCUGCCAGCGCCUGGUGUCCAGCUCACCCCGUCAAAUGCAGCAGUGCACCUCUGUAUCCUCACCAGCUGUUCCUCAGAAAAGAAUGGUGACGUCACAGCUGACACCUUGGAUGUAGCUGAAAGUUAGUUGGGUUUUUUUGAGGUGGAGCAUCAAAGGAAGACCUGCAGCUUCUUCAGGAAGGCUUAAAAAGUGGUUUGUAUACUACAUGCAAGGCUGGUAAGAGAAAGGGACUCUUCUGGAAGGAGGUGGAUGACCGCACAACAGAGAUGUUGCCUCAAGUUUUUGUUUGUUGUUGGGUUUUGUUUUGUUUUUUUCCCCCCCCAACUUGUUUUACAUCUUGUGGGUUUAUCAGUUAUCAGUAUUUGGCAUUCUCUUGUGCAAAAGGAAAAAAAAAUUAUGGUGUGGAAUCAGGAUUUUAUUUUUAAAAAAAUUAUAUACUUGGUAAUGAUUUUUGGACAAUCCACGUGUCAUUAAAAAAAAAUUGAACAAUAUCCUAAAAUCCCAGAAUUUUUACUGCACAGAUUGAAGCUGCUGUCUUUGAGUAUUACAAUCAAAACAUGAAUUUUAAGUGGUACAGACAGCAGUGAAAUAAAGAAGUAGUUUGAGUCCAGGCAAGUGCUUUUAUGUCCAUUUUUUUCCCCCCAGAAGAUAUGAAAUUUUUAACAAAAAGUUUGAAAUGGGAGCCUCACUUUAGUAUUUAAGAAAACAAAAUAAAAACAGGCUCUCUAAGUGGCCAUGGAAUUGAUUCUCUGUAAUUUGUGCUUUUUAGGACCCAGCGCAAUAUUGAUGGUAUAUUAACAACCCUUUAGAGUGGGGAAGUUCAGUAACACUGAAAAUGGCAAUUGAUCAGCUCCUAAGUGUGAGGAGAAUAAUACAUGUGUUGCUUUUCACCAGCAAAACAUCUGGUCCUAAUUGAGUUAUGCUGAAAACGUGUAGGUGGUCAACAUUGUUCCUCAUGAUUUUUUUUUUGUUUUUUUGUUUCCUAAAUUAAUAUCAGUAUUAAUGGCCGCUGUAGGAACGUUGAGUCUGACAUUGAGUAUUUAACCCUGUUUUGAUUAAUAAGAACAGGAAUGGAUUCAGGCUUAAUGUACAACCUACGCGUUUGCUUAUCAACAGAGUAUACUUUGUAAAUACUGUAUGAUAAUUGAUGUGAUUUCUUUUUAGUACACCGUGUAGGUUUUUGUUUUUUUGUUCACACAUGGGUAAGUGUGAAGUUUUUUUUUUUCUUUUUUAUUCUUUCUUUGUUUCAUAAAACUAUUGAACAAAUUUGUGAAUAUGUUAAAAAAAAAAAAAAAAAGUAGGAUUUGAUUGUAUGCAGUGAUCUCAGUGUAGCUAUAUCGGAGAAAUGUCAGUCAGCGCUGUUUUCUGAGUGCAGCCUGAACACAGUCGCACAGGUUGUCAAACCCAAUUUUGGCUCGAUGCUCAGACUCCAUUGGUCCAAAAAAGAAGGAAAAAUAAGUUGUUGAAAUUUUUCCCUUUAGGCUGUGUGCCACAUUUUCCUGUUUUGUGCUCUCUGAUUGGUUCCUACUGGUCUCGUAUAUAUUCAGUGACAAAUCAGACCAAUGUGGCUAAAACCUUGCAAUGUUGCCUCCUGACCAAUCAUGUCGAUAAAUCACGUGUGACCAUGGAUCAUAUAUAUAUUUUAGAUGUGUUCAUUGUUGACCUUUGAUUUCAGCAUAUGUUUUGUAAUGACAAAGAUCUCAACAUGUUUCCUUUCUUUCCCCCCCUCCCUUCAUUUACCUUACUCCCCUGUCCUCCUCACUGCCCCCCUCUCCCCUCACUCCUGAAACCCUCCUCCCACAUGCCGCCAGACUUCUCAUCCUUCAGCUUGCAACGCUGCUGCAUUGCAGGAGCACACGGAGGGAUAAGUGGGCAAAACUCCUCCAGAUGCCUGCCGGAGAGAGUGAAUUGUGAGCACUCAGUCUCGGUUUGACCCGCUCGAGUUGAAGCCAUACAGCUCGUAAAACACAGGGGAGCCUCGCAUAAUGAAAAUGUUGAAAUGCUGCUAAUGUGAUUUGCUGCUAGCCCGUAUUUAAAAUGGUUUUGUGUGCAACAUCGUACCUGUUCUAGUUUUUAAAAACAAAGCUGAGUCAUGUUUGCCUUGUGCUGUGGGGUUCUGCGUGUCCAGAUGCGUUUGCACAGUUGUUUGCUGAUAAAACUUUUCAUAUUUGGUUAGGUUGGAUCUUUGUUUUUUUCAAUUCCUUUGUCUCUCCACCGAUUAGAAAUGUUUUAGCUUUUGUUUGUUAUACUGGCAGGCUGCUUCAGAAUUGAAUUGGCAUUGAAUAAAAUAUGUCUGGACAUGCAGAACAUAGUGACCUAAAACUCACCAACACUCUUUUUUUUUUUUUUUUUCUUUUCUUUUUCAAGUAUAAA